GAGAGGCAGUGGAGAGGUCAACAAGGACCAUGAGGUCAGACUGAUUGAAACAGCUUCCCGGAAACCAGCCAUGGAAGAAACACAGAUCAGAUGUGAGGACAUCUUUAACCGUUACCUGGACAAGAUAAACCAGAUAAACCAAUCAGAACCAUAAUGACAACUGGAGUGGCCGGCAUUGGUAAAACCAUCUUAACACACAAGUUCACUCUGGACUGGGCUGAAGGCAAAGCCAACCACGACAUACACUUCACAUUCUUCUUCCCUUUCAGAGAGCUGAAUUUACUGCAAGGGAAAGAGUUUAGCUUGGUGGAACUUCUUCAUCACUUCUUUAUUGAGACCAAAGAAGCAAGAAUCUACAGAUAUGACCCGUUCCAAGUUGUCUUCAUCUUAGAUGGUCUCGAUGAAUGUCGACUUCCUCUGGACUUCCAGAGAAACCCGAUCUGCACUGAUGUCACAGAGGUCACCUCGGUGGAUGUGCUGCUGACAAACCUCAUCAGGGGCAACCUGCUUCCCUCUGCUCGCAUCUGGAUAACCACAUGCCCUGCGGCAGCCAAUCAGAUUCCUGCUGAGUGUGUUGACAUGGUGACAGAGGUGAGGGGGUUCACCGACCCACAGAAGGAGGAGUACUUCAGGAAGAGAUUCAGAGAGGAGACGCUGGCCAACACAAUCAUCUCCCACGUCAAGAAAUCACGAAGCCUCCACAUCAUGUGUCACAUCCCAGUCUUCUGUUGGAUCACUGCUACAGUUCUGGAGGACUUCUUCAAAGAAUCCCAGAUUCGAGAAGAGACACCCAAGACCUUGACUCAGACGUACAGCCACUUCCUGAGGGUUCAGUCGAUACGGGGGGACAGGAAGUACCAUGGGAGAACUGAAACGGAUCCAUACUGGGGUCCAGAGAGCAGGAAGAUCAUUGUUUCUCUGGGAAAACUGGCUUUUAACCAGCUGGAGAAAGGCAACCUGAUCUUCUACGAGGGAGACCUUACAAAGUGUGACAUCAAAAUCAAAGAAGCCUCAGUGUACUCAGGAGUGUUCACUCAGAUCUUUAAAGAGGAGGUUGGGCUGUACCAGGACAAGGUGUUCUGCUUUGUCCAUCUGAGCCUCCAGGAAUUUCUGGCUGCACUUUAUGUCUUUAUGUCCUUCAUCGACACUGGGGUCAACAGGCUCUCAGAAGAACAACCAACCGUCGAUGAACUCCUCCUCUACCAGAGUGCUGUGGACAAGGCCUUACAGAGUGAUAACGGACAUCUGGACUUGUUCCUCCGCUUCCUCCUGGGCCUCUCUCUGGAGACCAAUCAGAUUGUCCUAGGGGCUCUGCUGGGACAGAGAAGAAGUAGCUCACAGACCAACAAGGAAACCGUGUCAUACAUCAAGAAGAAGAUUAGUGGAGAUCUCUCUCCAGAGAGGAGCAUCAACCUGUUCCACUGUCUGAAUGAGCUGAACGACCGUUCUCUAGUGAAGGAGAUCGAACAGUCCCUGACAUCAGGAAGUCUCUUCAAAACACAUGUCUCUCCUGCUCAGUGGUCAGCUCUGGUCUUCCUCUUACUGUCAUCAGAAGAGGAGCUGGACGUGUUUGACCUGAAGAAAUACUCUGCUUCAGAGAAUGGUCUUCUGGGGCUGCUGCCAGUGAUCAAAGCCUCCAAAACGUCUCUCCUGAAAGGCUGUCAUCUGUCAGAGAGAUGCUGUGAAGCUCUGGCCUCAGUUCUCAGCUCCAACUCCUGUAGUCUGAGAGAACUGGACCUGAGUAACAAUGAUCUGCAGGAUUCAGGAGUGAAGCUGCUCUCUGCUGGACUGGGGAGUCCACACUGUACACUGGAAACUCUCAGGUUGUCUGGCUGCCUGGUCACACAGGAAGGCUGUGCUUCUCUGGCCUCAGCUCUGAGCUCCAACCCCUCCCAUCUGAGAGAGCUGGACCUGAGCUACAAUCACCCAGGAGACUCUGGAGCUGCGCUGCUCUCUGCUGGACUGGAGGAUCCACGCUGGAGACUGGACACUCUCAGUGUGGAGCACGGUGGAGUGUGGAGGCUGAAACCAGCUCUAAAGAAGUAUGCCUGUGACCUCACACUGGACCCCAACACGGCCCACAGACAACUCUCUCUGUCUGAGGACAACAGGAAGGUGACGUGGGUUGAGGAGGACCAGUCGUGUCCGGAUCACCCAGAGAGAUUUGACUCCUGCCGCCAGGUGUUGGGUAGAGAGGCUCUGACUGGCCGCUGUUACUGGGAGGUGGAGAGGAAAGGAUGGGUUCAUAUUGGAGUGACAUACAGAGGAAUCACAAGGAGAGGAGAGGGUGAUGACAGCAAGCUUGGAGUGAACAACAAGUCCUGGAGUCUUUAUUGCCUUGAUGAUCGUUACUCUGCCUGGUACAACGGUAUAAAAACAGCCCUCCCUCUCCCCCCCGCUGGCUCCACCAGAGUAGGAGUGUAUCUGGACCGGCCUGCUGGCUCUCUGUCCUUCUACAGAGUGUCCCCAGGUGGAGGAGCGUCCUCAGACACACUGACACACCUCCACACCUUCUGGUCCUCCUUCACCCAGAAGGACCUCCUCCCGGGGGUGGGGGUAGGGGUCCUCAGUGAGGCCCUACUGGGGUCCUAGGGGGGGUUAGGAGGAGGCUCAGCGUCUCAGGACCUCCUC